AUGAAGAAUCGCAUCAGGGCGCAUUUAAUCAACACAGCAUUUCUUGGCAUCUCACUUGCUAUCUCGUUAUUGCUCUUUCAACGUGGUUUUCUUUUGAAACGGGUUGAACUCUCGUCUCGUAGCUCGUGUUCCGACGUAGCCACUCCACGUGGGGCCUGCUGGCUUCCGGCUCAGUACGAUCGAGCUGUCAUCAUUCUUAUUGAUGCUUUGCGCCAUGACUUUAUCCUGCCACCGACUGAUCUCAACAACACCGCUGCUUAUUUGGGUCAUAUGCAUACGAUCGCUGGUCUACUUGCCAAUCAUAGCGAUUCAGCAGUGCUAAUGCAAUUCCACGCUGACCCCCCAACUACCACGAUGCAGCGCUUGAAAGCGCUCACCACCGGUUCGCUUCCAACCUUCAUCGAUGCCAGCUCUAAUUUUGCAAGCACAGCAGUUAUGGAGGAUAACUGGAUUGAUCAGAUUGUUGCGACAAAUCGAAGUGUGAUUAUGCUUGGCGAUAGGUAUCUCUUUAUCCGACUCAAUUCAAACGCAGCUAUCAUGCCCCAUCUUUCGAUAUUAACGAUAUCCAUACAGUCGACCGAAAACCUAUACAAGGAGCUGUCAAAAUCAGAUUGGAAUGUGCUCCUUGCACACUUCCUGGGCGUUGAUCAUUGCGGCCACAAAUAUGGUCCCGAUCAUCCGGCAAUGGCUCGCAAACUGAAACAGAUGAAUGGAGUGAUAAAGAAAGUGCUCAAAUACAUAGACAAUAAAACGCUGCUGGUGGUGGACAUCGUGCCAACAUUAAGUCUGCUGCUGGACAUGCCAAUUCCGUAUUCGAGUAUUGGAACGCUAAUUGAUUGUGUCAUCGAUCCAGAACAUCGAUCGGUGGCAAUAAGCAGUAAUGCGGAACAAAUGAUGCGCUACGGACGGACGGUUGUUGCAGAAACAGAGUUACCCGAGCUGGAUUUGCUGAUACGCGAAUUCGAAACGAACGGCAAUGUCAAUAAUUCGAUUGACUAUAUGCACCGCUUGCAGGACCUUCUGCGCGUUUCUUGGACCGAAUUCAACGAUAACUUCAUGCGUAUCGGCUUCCUUUCUCUAGUUGAUGCCGUCUUAGCUAUUUACGAUGCCUUAUAUACCGGAUAG